AUGGUUGGAGGCCCAACACCUAACCAUGUGAAGAAAAGAUCAAGAAAGAGCAAUGCAAUUGGUGCUAAUGAGAAUGAACCAUUGUUGCCAAAGUCUCAAGAAAAUUAUAACGGUGAUGAUGAUUUUAAAGGAUCCUCAUUCGCCAGUGCGACCUUCAAUUUAUCAACCACAAUUAUUGGUGCUGGGAUCAUGGCCUUGCCUGCAACCCUCAAAGUGUUGGGGAUGGUGCCUGGUCUUAUUACUAUCAUUUUCAUGGCUUUCUUGACGGACAAGUCAAUCGAAUUCAUGAUCCGAUUUUCACGCGCCGGCGGCCUUACUUCUUAUGGUGAUCUCAUGGGGGAUGCCUUUGGGAGAUAUGGAAAAGCUGUGCUUCAAAUUAGUGUCAUAGUCAACAAUGUUGGCAUACUUAUUGUUUACAUGAUUAUUAUUGGUGAUGUGCUAUCUGGAACAUCUUCAAGUAAAGAUCACCAUUAUGGAAUACUUGAAGGAUGGUUUGGUGUACAUUGGUGGACAGGCCGUACAGUUGUUCUUAUUUUUACUACACUUGCUAUAUUUCUUCCUUUGGUUAGCUUUAAGAGAAUUGAUUCGUUGAGUUUUACAUCGGCACUAUCAAUUGCACUAGCAGUUGUGUUUCUUGUAGUUGCUGUGGGAAUAGCAAUUUUCAAGAUCAUAAGUGGAGGCAUUGGAAUGCCAAGACUCUUUCCAGUUAUUAAUGAUUUGACAGAUUUCUUCCAACUCUUCACAGUAACUCCUAUUCUUGUCACUGCCUAUAUAUGCCACUACAACGUUCACAACAUAGACAAUGAAAUGGAGGACCCCUCUCAAAUGCAUGGAGUUGUAAGGACAUCCCUUGCAAUGUGUUGUUCAGUGUACCUAUUAACAAGCUUCUUUGGUUUCCUCCUAUUUGGAGAAUCAACUCUUGAAGAUGUCUUAGCAAACUUUGACACUGAUCUUGGAAUCCCUUUCGGCCCUGCGCUUAACGACGCCAUUCGAUUUAGCUACGCCGCGCACAUCAUGCUUGUUUUUCCAGUUGUCUUCUAUCCCCUGCGAAUCAACUUAGAUGGCCUCAUCUUUUCGUCUUCUUCAAGGCCUUUGCUUCAAGAUAACUUGAGAUUCACGUCACUAACCUUAUCUCUUAUUCUUCUAAUAUUUCUUGGUGCAACCUUAAUACCUAGCAUUUGGGACGCUUUUCAGUUCACUGGAGCAACCGCCACCGUUUUUGUAGGGUUUAUUUUCCCGGCUGCCGUCACUCUUAGGGAUCGAUACGACAUUGCAACCAAACAAGACAAGAUUCUUUCGGUUAUGAUGAUCAUAUUGGCAGUAUUCUCAAAUGUUGUGGCUAUAUACAGUGAUGCCAUUGCCUUGGUGAAUAAGGAUAAAAGCAAAACUUCACGUGAAUGA